AUGGUGCCAUCCCAGCAGAGUUUCGGCUACGAGCAGGAGGAGUCGACUCCGAUGCCCGUGAUGUGGUAUAUGGUGCCAGCAGGCCAGGUGCAGCAGAUGCCGUGUCCCGUCCAGGUCCAGCGUCUCAGCUUCGCUGCCGGAGCCUCGGCGACGACCCCGAGCUGCAUGCCGCAGGGCUGGUGGCAGCCACCCAGGCAGAUGCCCGGCCCUCAGGGGCUGCCGUUGCUGCCCGUGCAAGCAGCGCAGCACGUACAGCCAAUGCUGCUGCCGCAGUCCGCUCAGAUGGCAUGUCCGGCCUCGGACGUUCCGUUGGAGGGCCAGUGUACCUGGAGCUACACAGGCACGGCGCCCGAGCAGUGCUGUGACCAUCCGAGGGCUUCCGCAGGCUCCGUGGCCGAGGUCUCCACAGCGCCCUCCGAGGCAUCGCCACGCUUGCAGGAGGCGGACAACCUGGCCACCUCCAUGAAGAUGUCCGCAUCCACCGCUCGACGCCUGCGCCGCAAGCGCGCCGCCGAGCGAAAGGCCAGGGCUGAUGCUGCGGACCUCACAAAGGAGCUGCACCCUCACCCCGACGGAAAGGAGGAGCUGGCACAGCUCCGGGGCCACGUUUGGGAGCUGUCGCAGGACAAGAAGGGCUGCCGGCUGGUUCAGAAGGCCCUUGAGACCGCCGGCCGUGAGACCGUGGCAAUCGCUGCUGAGCUCUCCGGGCACAUCGUCGAGGCCAUUAAACACCCUGAGGCCAACUACGUGGUGCAGAAGGCCAUCACACAGCUCUCGGUGGCUGGCUCGGGAUUUAUCGUGGAGGAGAUCCUCGGUUCGGCCGUCGCCGUCGCAAAGAACCGGAUGGGGUGUCGGAUUUUCUGUCGCCUUCUGGAGUUCUGCAGCACCAACCCCAAGGUGGGCUAUCUCGUGGACGAGCUGCUACAUGUAGCAGACGUCGCGGAGCUUUGCUGCCAUUCCUUCGCGCACCAUGUCAUCCAGUCCAUUUUGGAGCACGGCGAGGAACGGCACAAGCACGUGGCCGCUCAAACUCUGAUUGCGGAUGUUGUGAGGUUCGCGCAGCACAAGAAUACAAGCUAUUUGAUCGAGAAGGUGAUGACCCUCGGCACUUGCAGUGAGCAGGACCAGGUGGCCAUGGUCUGCGCUCUGGAAUUCAAGUGCCUGCUCUUCUUGGCCAAGACCCAGUACGGCCGGCAUGUGGCAAAGACGAUGCUCAAGGACCCACGCUGGUAUGCCGUUUGGGGCGCAAAGAACUUCGAGAGGCUAAUCUUCCCCUUCAGAGCCGGGCUCGAGUCCGAUCGGUUCGGCAGCCUCUUUUUGAAGGACAUGGCGGAGUCUCUGCGUGAGCCCUGA